AUGGUCCUGCAGUUUGUUGCCCAGCUGCUGGGGUUCCUGAUCAGCGUGGUUAGCUCCAUCUUCUGUGGCCACCUGGGGAAAGCUGAGCUGGAUGCUGUGACGCUGGCCGUGUCUGUUAUCAAUGUGACUGGCAUCUCCAUCGGUUCUGGUUUAGCCUCAGCAUGUGACACACUGAUGUCCCAGACCUACGGCGGCAAGAACCUGAAGCAGGUGGGCACCAUCCUGCAGCGGGGCAUCCUCAUCCUGCUGCUGUGCUGCUUCCCUUGCUGGGCACUCUUCAUCAACACGGAGCAGAUCCUCCUGCUCAUCCGACAGGAUCCCGAGGUCUCCAGGUUAACUCAGGUCUACGUGAUGAUUUUUAUUCCAGCGCUUCCUGCGGCGUUUCUGUACCAGCUGCAGACAAGAUAUUUACUAAGUCAGGCGAUCAUUUUGCCUCAGGUGUUGACAGGGAUCGCAGCCAACAUCCUCAACGUGGCCAUGAACGCCUUCUUCCUGAAUGCGCUGAAUCUGGGCAUGGUGGGCUCUGCCUGGGCUAACACUGUUUCUCAGUACACCCAGGCCAUACUCCUCUUCCUUUACGUGUGGUGGAAGAAGAUCCAUGUGGAGACGUGGGGAGGUUGGACCCGGGACUGCCUCCUGGACUGGGGCUCCUUUAUCCGACUGGCAGUGCCUGGCAUGCUCAUGAUGUGUAUUGAAUGGUGGACCUUUGAGAUUGGGAGCUUCUUGGCAGGGCUGCUCGGUGUGGUGGAGCUGGGUGCGCAGUCUAUCAUCUACGAGCUUUCCUCUGCGGCCUACAUGGUGCCUCUGGGCUUCAGCGUGGCUGCGAGUGUCAGAGUAGGCAAUGCCUUGGGAUUGGGGGAUGUGGUACAAGCCAAGACCUCCUGCAUCACUGCCCUGCUGUGCACAGGAGUUCUUGCUGUGGUGGUUGCAACGUUACUGGGAACCCUAAAGGACGUGGUGGGAUACAUCUUCAUCAAUGACAAGAAGAUUGCUGUCUUGGUGUCCAAAGUGAUGAUCAUCUUUGCUCCGUUCCACUUGUUUGAUGCAGCAGCAGCGACUUGUGGCGGCGUGCUGCGGGGCACAGGGAAGCAGAAGAUGGGUGCUAUCGCCAACGCCAUCGGCUAUUACGCCAUCGGCCUGCCCAUCGGCAUCUCCCUGAUGUUUGCAGCUAAGAUGGGGCUGUUAGGUCUGUGGGUGGGGAUGAUCAUUUGCAUCUCUUUGCAAGCCCUUUCCUUCUCGGCUUUUGUCCUGCGCAUAGAUUGGAAGAAAGCUGCAGAAGAGGCUCAAGUCCGAGCUGGACUGAAAAAAGAACUGGAAGAUGUGAACUCCAAUGGCACAGCUGCUAACAAAACAUCUGCUGUGGAUUAUGUCUCCGUUGACACGGACACCGUGGACACUGUGGUCCUGCCUGAGAGCAUUGUGGGAGGGGAGAGGCAACCUGACCACCAGCUCAUCACGCAGGAGCAGCCUGCUGCCAUCUCUGCUCCUCCCGCUGUGGCAUGGAGGGCUCUGGUCAUCCGCCGCGUGCUGGCUGCUGCCACUGCCGUUGCUGUCCUGCUGGUGGGCAUACUGGUCCGGCUCCUCACUGGCAACGGCUAG